UCGUCCGUUUAAAAUUUUAUUUAACAAAUUAAAAUGAUACCUUAUAAAAAAUGCUGUGCUCAAUGUCCAGGUGUGAUAGAUGUUCCGGAAUGUGAGAAAACCCAUGAAUGUUGUUUACCAAAAUAUGUAUCAGGAAAAAACAUGAAAUAGGACUUGAAAAUGCUGAUCAAAAGCUAAAGUGCUAUGAUAGAUUUGCUAUCGCGAAAAAGCUUCACGCGGAGAAUUUAAAACAUCAACCACUUCCUGAUAAAGUCAACGACGAUAUAAUGAAGAAUUUCAAACUAAAGGAAUCUUUCCAUUUACCGUCCUUAAAUGAACAAUACCGAAAUAACAAAAAGGAUAAUAGUUGUAAUAAAUUAGGCUCCAAAUAUCACUGCGAUGCCGUAUUAGGAUACAAGAAGCCAGAAACAAAGAUGGAUUUGGCUAUUUGCUGGCAGACUCCUGUGGAUCCAAUUUAUGAACCACCGAGAUCGACUCACAUCGAUGGAUCAGAGGGAGGAGCUGCACCGGCAAUUUUUGAACUUGUACAAGGUGCACCAAAGUCGAGGUGUGAUCAAUUACGUUCUAACAAUUAUAAUGUUAAACAUAAUAAUAAUAAGAAUUGUGAAAUAUAUGAGAUGAAUUUCGCAAAAAAAGAUCAAGAUAAAUGUUAUAAUAAUUUACACCAGAAUCAAAAUAAUUGCAAGCAUCAUUGUAAAUGCAUGGAUUCUAUGAAUAUCCAAAAAUCAAUUUCCCGUGAACGUUCUAGAUCACAAUGUUCUAUUAGGAAUAGCGCUGUAAUCUGUGAGAAUAAAGAAAAGAACGAUCCUAGAUUAAUCAAAUCAGCUGUAGGAAUUACUUUAGGUACUGAAUCAAAUAAUGCAUCUCGACGAUCACCACAAAAAAUAGAUGUUCCACGACCAAAAACACCAUUCGCUAAAAGAUCCUUUAGUAUAGAAACUUUAUCUCCUCCUUUUAGUAUCGUAAACGGUUGUAGAGAUACCGAUUAUCCAGAACAUUGGAGACUUAUGACGGUCUAUCAGCAAUCUUAUAAAAAUCCUCGAAAAUAUAAAGCUAAUUUUCACCGUUAGCGAUUGCGAUCCUUUGAAUGAUAUAAAAUAAUUAUUAAUAUCGAAAUUGCAACUUGGUUCUUCUCAAAAUUCAAGAUCAAUAAUAUAAACUAAACAAAAUCUGAUUUUUAUUUAGCUGCACAUUAAAUUAAAUUAUAAUCGAAUCAUAUUAGAUCAAAAGUAAAAUAUUAAAGCUAUAACAUAAUAACAAUAGUAUAU